AAUAAUCGCCACUUGAUUAUCCUUAGAUACUAUCGGCCCCCACAUGCCAGCCAGCCCACUGAGGAUGUCCCUGGCCAGCUGAGCGCCCAGAACCUGAUCGAUGCCAUCAUCAAGCACCAGAUAAGACGCACCAACGACGCCACCGGAGCCACCGGGCGCGAGUACACGCGAGCCCCAUUCCAAUACCAUCGACAGCCGCUGGAGCUGGCGGCGGAGAACAAUGGCAAGGCCAACUCCCAGUGCCCGAACGUCAUCAACAUUGAUCUGGACCAGGAGCGCCUCUCCGCCGCAACCGCCGGGGCGACGGCUGCCAUCCAGCAGCAGCAGCAACAGCAACAGCAGCAGCAGCAACAGCAACAGCAACAGCAGCAACAGGGUCCUCCGCCGCAGCAGCAGUCGAGCCAGUCGCGAUCCGUUCACGGAUCGAUGCGCGGCCAGCCGCAUACGCCCACAUCCCAGGCGCAGGGUCCCGGACCAGCACCCAGUCCCCAGCAGAUCCACACCAAGAGCAUCACCUUCGGAGAGCUCACCGACUCGAUCAUCACCAACGACUACGUCUCCAAUCCACACAUGCGGCCCACGCCCCCAUUCAUGACCUACAUGGAGGGGCCGCCGCAGACGAUGCUUCCGCCAGACCGCUGGAAGCAGAACCGACGCAUGCAGCACAAGGCCGAGGAGGCCAAGCACCAGGCGCAGCAGCAGCAACAGCAGCAGCAGCAGCAGCAACAGCAGCAGCAGCAACACCACCACCAGCAGCACCAGCAACAGCAGCAGCACCACCAGCAGCAGCAGGGCAUGCCCGGCAGCGGUGGUCCUGGCGGCGGACCCAGUGGGGGACCAGGAUCCUCCGGAGGUCCGCCCGGCGUCAGGGCAAACACGCCCGAGGACGGACGCAACAUCAUCCGCAUGCCCCAGCCGGUCAGCCCCCGCAAGUACGCCCAAGAGCUUAUGCUCCACCAGGCUGUGGUGGCCGGCGGAGACCCCGGCCACUACUACCUGCCCGGCCCCGGCUCGGUUGUGGGUCGCGUGGGCGUUCCUCCGCCCCCCGACCAGCGUGUGCCGGGCGGAGGCGGUGCGGACGGAUCCGUGACCACCAUAUACAAAUACGUGAAGAACCGCAUCGCGGAGGUGAUGCGUGACGACAUCGGCUAUUCCAAGAACCGCAUCGUGGAAGUGCGAUCGGAUGACGAUCCCGGCGACCUAGUGGCCCAGUCGAACGCAGUCGUAGCAGCGCUCGCCGCCCACAUGGUAGCCGCCUUUGAGCACCAGCAACAACAACAGCAGCAACAGCAGCACCGCAGCAAGGAUCCCCAGCAGCCGCCGCCGUCGCACGAGAUCAGCGUGUCCCGGAAGACGCCCAACCAGUACGAGGUGGUCGACGGCAGCGGUCGACGCUCGGGCGGCGCCGGCUCCAAUAGCCACCACCCUGCCGCGGCGGCAGCAGCAGCAGCGGCCAGCGAGCCAAAGCCUCUGCUGUCGUCCAAGUACGAGGCACUGAGCGACGAAGAUUAGUUGUGACUGCAGGCGUCGUCGUCGGGUCUACGACAUCUGACGGCAGCAGCGACGGCGCCUCCAGCAGCAGCUUCAGCAUCAGCAGCAGCAGCGGCAGCAGCAGCGG